UCAUAUCGUUUUCUAUAUGAUAAACACCAGUAAACCAGAGGCAUUUGGAAUAGUCAUCACUCUGAUGUGAGCCAUUGUUCUUUAUACAAGCAUCAUAAUGGGAUAAUGAGUUUUUUGAACAAACUCUCAGAGCUUAAACCGCUAAUUCAAGAUAAACAUCCAGCAAAAAGGGAUCAUUCUCUCGUUACAGUAUCGCUUACGGUACGAACACAAUUUGUGCUGUAUAUUUUGAAGAAUCACAUUAAUUACUGUCCAUUCGCGUCUAACUCGUAGUUACUCUUCAUGAACAUCAGGUACAGGAAAUAAAAACUUCAGUUUUAGAGGAGGCGUUCAACGUGGGGAAGCCUUUUCAAAUGAACUGAAUUACUUCAUGAAAAGAAAAUGUAAAAUAGCUUGGAAGAAAACCUGAAGACAUAGCGAGACUCUACGGAAAGCUAGAUCCUGACUUUCUGCAUUGAAUUGGUAAAUUAUUUAGCUCUGAAUCCUAAAGAAAUGUGUGAUUCACCAGUUGACCAAGAGAUGGACUCCAUGAACAGUACAUCACCUAUAACGAACAGAAAAGAGACGGUGGCUAUCUGUGAGUCUCAAAAUCCAAAUACUAAGAAGAAUAAGAGCAAGAGAAUUAUGAUCAUGUGUGUACUGCUCGCCAUUGGGGGAAUUACUUGUUGUAUUGUUGGAGUCGUAUAUUUCGAGAAAGCAAGGCAGUUGUCUGAUAGCAGCAAGAAUGAACAAAACCAGAAAACAGGUCCUGACACAAAGCAAUCAGGAAAACCAGAGAAUGGAGGAACAUGUGCAUUGUCAAAAGAAGUUCAAAGUUCAGGCCUGGUAAAAUUCUUCAACAAAGUCGAAAAUGCAUACUUCAAACUCCACCCUCACGAAAUCCCGUACAAGUAUGGAGUGACCCGCGAGGAAAUCGUACUAAAUUACCAUUGGUAUGAUCCGAAACCCGCAACCAUUAAAGCCAUCACAGACGCAGCGGAGUCUUUGUCACAAGAGCUAAAAAAACUUAACAUCAGAAGAGAAUUAUUAAAGCCGAGAGAAGCUAAAGUUCUAAGCAGUGUAGAGCAUUUUCUGGAGCAAAACUUUGGAAGCGCUUAUGACAAUGGUUACUACACAGGAGAAUGGAUGUUAGGUCCUAGCCGUUUCUGCUACAUGCAGCUACUGUCAAAACUUCAAUUCUCUUUCAAAGCAUUCCUUUUCAAAAUUCAGCCUCGCACAGUCGAAGAUAUAGAACUCAUCACCAAGGUCUUGAAGGGCAUGCGCGAUGGUAUCAACCAAUAUCGACAGAAUCUAGAAAUGGGGGUCAAGGUUGGCAUGGUAAAUUCUAUCGAGGAAUGCAUAGCAGGCUAUGACUGUCUAGUCAACGAGUUUCCUUUUAUAGGCUCUGACCCUUCACCUGAAAAUAUCUUAAAAGAACAUGCAGGAAUUAUGUUUGUUAAUCAACACGUUUACGAGUUGUGGUUUAAAAAUGCUACCGAGCCUUGGCGUCGAAAGUAUGGAACGUCAUUAGUGAGUUUUCUUAAAGACGUGGCUGUUGAGAAUCUUGGAAAACCGCUCGCUGACCUCUUUCUGUACCUUUCUGGCGACUACAGAAACCACUGUGUUCCUAGUAAUGUAUCCAGUGGUCUUGCGACAAGACCAGUCUCUUAUGUCUACACAAACGGAGUGGCAAACCUGUCUCAGCCGACCACCCAGACACUACCGACGGGAGAGAAAGCAAACGGGAAAAAGGCUUAUGAAAGAAUCAUAAGAUUUUUUACCACAACCAACUCGACACCAGACGAAGUUCACGAGCUCGGAUGGAAAGUUCUUCGAACACUCUACCCUCAAGUUAUCGAGAUAGCAAAGAUAGUAACAAAUAAAGAGAACGAGGUCCAAGCCGUGGUUAAUUUCCGCAAGUACAUCAACUCCAGCGAGAUGUACUUUAACAAGGAACCCUUCCCAGCAAACGAGUCGGAUGAACAUGCUCACAAAUUCUGUUCAAAGAUGUCAAGUGCCAAGAUCCUUUGCCCUGUGCGUUACAAAACUCUCCAGGAAUGGUUCAGCUACACACGAAGCACUCUCAGCAUGUUACGACCACGAAUACUACACAUGUUUUACUGGUUAGUAGGCCCCAAGAAGACAACACCAGUCUGCCCUGUCUCUAUGCAAGCAAACUUUCAGCCCACGUCUGCUUCACAAAGCUACCGUCCAAGUGGACCGACGUGCCACUUUCCAGGAACGUAUUUUGUACCUUUCUUUCUGGAUAGGAUGGGACCGAAGUACUCUGAAUGGUCUGUCAAUGCACAUGAGGCAUUACCUGGACACCAUCUUCAAUCACAAGGAAGAUUCGAAAAUUUCUUAAGAAAUGACAAGUGUGUACCUCUUCUUGGUGCUCUGAUCCGCUCGCAAUACUCCAACGAGGCGUUUACCGAGGGAUGGGCCUUGUACGCAGAGGAUCCUUUGAUUGCAAAAGACACCAAUACCUACGAUGGUGAACCAUUACAGAAGUAUGGGAUGCUCAAAUGGCAAAUAUGGCGCGCACUUCGUCUGAUUGUCGACACUGGUGUACACUACAAAGGGAUGACGCGACAAGAAGCUCUUAAACUAUUCAGUGAAUACGCCUGGGAUGACAGCGACGUUGCCCAAAAGGAAAUGACUCGAUAUCAGAGCGGUCCUGGACAAGCGACCGCGUACAUGAUUGGUCAGCGUGCAAUCAUAAACAUGCGCAAAAAGGCCGAACAAAAGCUUGGAAGCAAGUUUAACUUGAAAGACUUUCAUUAUUACAUCCUAUCGUGCAGUCCUGCACCUUUGAAAUUCGUAGCGCAUCAGAUUGACAGGUAUAUAGAUUGCGAACUGGAUAGCCAAGGGCCAGGCUGUGAACAUUUCCUGGUUAACACAACCAAGUCAAUGACGUCUUCCAAUGCUAACAAACAGUAUUCGAUACUUGAUGACGAGACUUUGAAUGCACCGGGCAUCCAUGAACUAUGAAUAUCUACAAUCAGUUGAUCUCAUGCAAAAAGGCUGUGCCUUGAUCAUAAGAGUUUUAUAUCGAAGCUCCUGUCUGCACAAAAAUAAGGUCAAUACGGCUCUUAUUUCUUAGGGCAUGUGAAAGGGUCAGCCAUUUGUAAUACUAUAGGUUCACCAAGUACUUUGGCCAACCCCACUCACUCAUGCCCUGAGCCAAGAAACUUCAGAUCCAAAAGCCCUAAGUAGCAGAAUUUGAAACUGGAGUACGUGUUGACUUUUAAUCUCUAUAGCAGUAUCACAGUAGAUCAUCAAGGCACUACUUCGACGAUACGGCGGCCAUCUUACCAGGUCAUCUCGUAUGUCUUUCUUUUAUGGAUAAAGGUGAUAGAUAUGCCUACUUAAUUCAUCUUUUCUUGUAUUCUGUUGUGUAGGGCUGUUAAUAUCGAUUUAAGUCAUUACUGUACCAAAGCUUUAUUUACCCCCUGGACGCCCCAUAAUGCCUUGCGAUCCAAGAUGGUCAUCGUGUCGUCGAAGUAACCAAUUGCCUAUGAUGUGGCUAGAUUCAGUAUUAAUGAAUUUUGUAUGGGAUAUUCAGUAUAGCGACAGUAUUAUACCAACCAACAUGAUUUGAUAGACCUAUGGUAURCCUAUGAUUUAAUACUACCAUUCUCAAAUAAUAUUCUGCAAACUUGGUAGUUGAAAGCUGCAUGCCAAAAUUUGAUUUUGAUUUUUCGCUGCCAUUAUUCAAAAAUAAUCAUUCAAUCUCUUUUAUAUUUUUGACCGGUAGCAGCAAGCCGUUAAAAUGUCUGCAGUAACCAUUGUCAGAAAGAUGCAACACCAUGUAAAAGUUUUGGCUCAUGCUGUAACAUAUAAAACUGCAAUCAACUUCCA